AUGGGUCAGCACAGGCAGGCCCUGGAAAUCUAUGUCUUCAAAUUGGAGGAUUAUGCGAAGGCGGAAGAGUAUUGUAACCAUUUCCAUAAGACGGAGGAUGUAACUGCCGAAGCCGCACCUUUAUCGGUGGUUGACUCCGGUGAUAAACCAUCUAUACAUCUGACUCUACUGUCGCUGUAUCUCACUCCACCUCAUGGAUAUGAGCGCCGAUAUGGGCCUGCGCUGGAGAUACUUGCAAAGCACGGAUCUCGUCUUCCACCAAGUUCAGCAUUAGAGCUGAUCCCCGAGUCACUGCCUGUUAAAGAACUUGACUUUUAUUUCAAGGGCCGUAUGCGGGCAGCCACCUCGGCGUUAAACGAAAGUCGAAUUGUGGCCAGUUUGCAGAAAGCUCAGAAGUUCAAGACCGAAGCGCAGCUCAUGGUGGGUGAAGGGACGGACGGAAAGUCAUGCAGAAUGAGACAUGUCACCAUCACCGAGGAAAGGAUAUGUGGCAUCUGUCACAAGCGUAUCGGUGGCAGUGUGAUUAAUGUGUUCCCAGAUAAUACUGUUGUCCACCUUGGCUGUGCCAAUCGUGCAUCCGCUGCUUCAUGA